GCCCAGUCUCUGCCACAUGUGUCUCAGAAAGCUGUGGCUCUCUAAUCUAUGACAGCAUGAACCUGCUUUCUAUCCUUUUAUUGGUCCUUUGGUCAGCUUUCAAUGGGGCUGAUGCAUGGGACCCAGAUUACCAUACAACAACAGCUUCUCCUGAUGCAUGGCAUACUACUACUACUUCAGUGACAGAAACCAGCCCCUUCCUUAUCUACAACGAGGACCACAACAAAUGUUUGACAGUCGUGAGUGCUAAUGUAGAGGCUGCAUCAUGUGACGAAUCAUCUGAGGCACAGUAUUUCAGAUGGAUUUCCUCUUCACGAAUCAUCAGCCUCUCUUUAGGUCUCUGUUUGGGGGCAAAGAAGAUAGAAGACUGGGCCCAAAUUAUCCUUCUGCCCUGCAAUGAGUCUAACCCCGGACAAACCUGGGAAUGUAAAAAUGAGACCUUGUUUGGAUUGAAGGGACAUCCACUGCACCUGAACCAUAGAAAUGAAUAUGACAAAAAUAUGGUGUUGUUUACUGGAACAGGUGUUUGGAGUCGCUGGCAGAUUUAUGGGACCAACGAAAAUCUGUGUUCUCAUGGAUAUCAAGAGAUGUCUAGUAUAGGUGGUAAUUCACUUGGGAAACCAUGCCAUUUCCCUUUUAAGUUUAAUGGCAAGUGGUACGCUGAGUGCACUGUGGAUGGCAGGACUGAUGGUCAUCUGUGGUGUUCAACAGAAAAAGAUUACGACAACGGUGGACAGUGGGGCUUCUGCCCCACAAAAAAUGUCUCACAGCCCAACAUCACAGUGUAUGGGCAGAUGCAGGACAGAGAGCAUGUAAUAGUGAUGUGUUCAUUUGGGAGGUGGUUCAUUGAGAGCUCUUUUCAGCUGUCAGUGGAGGGUGAACACAACUACACAAUGAAGGACACACUGUGUUAUUCACUUCAUUAUAAGUGUAUGUUUGAUGUGAAAGUGAGUCCACCUGUUUCCUUCACCUGUGUGCACGAGAUUAAUUCAGCGGUGAACCGUCGCAGUGAGACUUACACCUACAGCCCAUAUGCUGAAGCCACCAACAUGAGCACAACAUCUUACCAGACACAAAAUUUAACUGAAAAUCAGCAUGAUAAAGGAGUAUCUUUAUUCCUCGUCGGCUUUUUCUCCUGCAUUGCUGUUAGUCUCGUCAUCAUGACUGUGGUAGUGAUCAUCAGGAGCAAAAGUUCAGUGAUUACUGGGACAGCUAAUGCUAUAUGGAUGUAUAAGAGGACAGAGUUCCAGAAGUGGAAAGAAGAGACAACCAAUCAAUUAAUCGAUUCAGAUUAAUCAAAUCAUUUUCUGCAUGCUGAACUAUAAUACUCUUUCAAAAUAAAAGUAAAAUACCUAUCAUAAUAAUUGUAUCUACAUCUUAUUUAUUUUAAAUCACAAUUUUUAAAAUUGAAGGUUACUUUUACUGAAUUCAUAACCAUGAAUUAAAUCUCUAUUCUUCUACUACUUUAUCACUGGCUUUAAUAUUCUCGUUCACUCUUGAAGUUCUGUAUUGAAAAUAUUUGUGGCUUUGGCAUUUAACUUUUUUCUCAUUUGUAAGUAAUUUAGAAGUGUACAUGCAAAAUGAAUAAAUACGUUUCGCAUAUUAUGCAUUUUACAUAAAUCUAGAAUUUAUGUUUACAUUUUACAUGCCUUGUUUUUACUAUGUCUUAGUUAUAAUAAUAUUCACUGUACUACUACCACUACACAAUUCUGAAAACUUCAUGUCACUUGCAUUUUUGAUAAUACUGCACGAUAAAAAGGUACUCCAAAA